AUGGCUCCGAUCUCAACUGACCGUGACCUGUUGAAUGAUGCCAUACGAAACAAAGCCCGCCUACCGUACCUCCCUCUAUUCGCAUUGUUCAGGAACCUUUCAAGCUAAUCCAAACCUACAGUUCCUGGAAAUCUACAUUUGUUCGUCUAACAUCCCCUUUAGAACCUUGCCAACCUUCUGUAACCGCAUUAUCAAAUCACCUCGCUUCAGCAACGUCCAUAAACCAACUUUCGAGAUGCUACGACCCCUUCCCGCCCCCCUCCGCCGACUCAAAGACUGAAUUCGAGAAGCGCACCGCACCCAUAAACUUCACGGCGGCCGACCAGCCAGCAGCUGCCCCCGGUGCCAGCACGGAAGCUGGCCAUGUAUUGCCACCCAUUGCAGAAUUAAAGGAGGCGGCGCUGGAGUUCUCGAAGAGCUUGCACAUCAACGAAGUUGGAGCUUUGCGGAUCGUCGUACUCGAGUACCAGGAACGUCCGGCCGUCGCACUGCUGAACGCUAGUGAGAAGGACAGCACUACGGGGAAUAUGUUUGACAACGGGAGUGCCGAGAGCCAAUUGCGCGCUAGUGCCAUGAUCUCGGACGAGGAGACGAAAAGGAAGGUUUUCUGGCGAAGGGUGGAGAUCUACUUGCAGGAGAGGCGGUACAUUGUUAAGGUUGCGGCUCUGAUGGUUCGGCUGGCGAUGUGCGCGGAGAAGAGCAAGAAUGUCUGGUAUCAUCCCGCGAGGGUGUUCGCUACUGAGGGAAUUAACAUGAAGGAUGGAUACUCCACGGAGGUCGUUGGUAGUAUUGCGACUAGGUGGCGGAAUGGGAAGAAUGGUGAAGGUCUGCCGGAGUGGGUUAAGCAGCGGGUAGCUUCGGAAGGAGACGACCCGGCUUUUAAGUGGGAGCUACAGGUGCGCAUCUGAGCCCCCCCGGUAUUCUCGCGUUUCUUCUACUUUUGUCCGCGGGUGGGGGGUUGUGUUGGAUUUCGCCUUGUUCGGGAAACUGACGGCGUAGCUAUGACAGACAAUACGAGAGAUAAUCCAUCUGUUACAAUAUAUGUUUCUGCUCUUUUAUAAGGCCCUGGAGGAGAGCACUUCUACAUUUGUUGUGGCAUGGUUUACGCUUAUGAAAGAUACCCAAUUUCUUACAGAACGAAACUUCGUAAGUUAUCCCUUCUCUGCGCUCUUCUCAGAUUUCCUGAUCAAUUGGUUAGCGUUCUUUCCCCGAUAAUUCGGAUAUUGUUGGUGCCUAUAAAUAUGCAGCAGCACUUACACCCAUUGUUUCCCUUGUUGUAUUACAAUACCCGAGAGUUGAAAAGUUCAUUCAAGAGGAAUGGGCGACCCCAGUCUCAAGCGAGUCCUCUGCUACGCCUCCUGCGAAUCCUGGACCUCCCCGUGGAUUAGGUCGAGCUCCAGAUGGUAGCUUUUACAUCAAGAAUCCGGUUGGAAUUAAAGCCAUCACUCAGUGUUUCAUUGAGACCGCACAUAAUUCUGUAGCAAGCAUUCCCGGUUUCUGUUGGUGCUUGAUACUCUACGACCUCCUCUCGUUUGUCAAUGAGAGACGGCAAGAAAUGGAUGAGAUGGACCAAGCUGGCCAGGAGAGUAGGAAUCCUAGGGUUGAAUUUUUCGAGAGUGCGCUUGCUGAGCUGUUUGACGGGGCUGCGGAACGGGGAACAAAAGCUCUUGGAAAGGCAACCGCUGAUAAUGCUCUGGAAACGAUUGUACUCAUGAUUGAGCCUACUGGAGGACAGUCUAUAGGACCAAGGUUCUGGAUAGAGGCGGAGGAAGAUGGCCGCAGGAUGAAGAAUGUAGUUGCAGAUCUUCUCAGAAGGGCCCUCCAUGCUCUUCCACUUUCAGCGGCGGUGCUGGGAGCCGUUCUUUUGGCAAACGAGGUCCAGUACAAAGACUUGGAGGGUCACCAGGUUUUCCUCAGGGAGGAUUCCGACACUAGUGACACGAUUACGGGGUGGACUGGCAGUCCUGCCGUGAGAUUUACAAAGAAUGAGGAAUCGCAAAAGUUCCUACGACGAGCUAAAAACCGAUUUCCGUAUGAACCGAUUAUUUUCUUGAAGAUCAUGAAGUCCCUAGCAACCGUGAACGUGGGUACCACAAACUAUCUCAUGAACAUGGAUACCUAUACUCAGGUCCUCCCACAAGGGUUCAGCGACUACGAUGUCGACGAUGAAGACUCGGAUGUCACCCGGAUACAAUUGACCAAUGAUUUGGUUGUUUUUGCGCCGCGAAAAGCUGGUCUCUUUGAGGAGGAAUAUAGCUCUAGAGGAGGUAUUGUGAUACCUGCCGGUACAAUAGGAGAGAUUAUCUCGACAGGAGGCAGCCGUCCUGUUGUUGCCUGGCAGCAUGAAUACAACGCUUUCCCAGUACUUGGGAGAGUACUCGAGCAAGCGUUGAUUGGCAACGGCUCGGGCUCUGGACCCAGCCAUGCAGCGGUAGGAGAGCUGGGCGGCGGCGAAGCGGUCACAGAAAUCAUAGGACUUCUUACCAUUCUCGUUUCUUGUGGCAGCGGGAGCGCUUCAGGGGAGCUAUCCCCUGCCCGAAUACUUGAGGAGGCCAGCGAUCUCGUCGGUCGGAGUAGGGAUGUAGUCUCUAUCAUUUUCGAUCUUCUCGAGGCAGGACUACAAACAGCAACAAACUCUUUAAGCGCUGGUAAAUCGACUGAUUUCAUUGUCGCGGCGGUACAAUUCGUCGAUGCUUUGGUUCCGGCUCUUCCUGGCCGGGUGUGGCCAUACCUUGCUCGGAGUACCAUGCUGGAGCGACAUGGUCGUGGUGGGGCUUUUUAUGGGAUUUUGUCCGCUGUGGAGGUUGUGAGAGGGGAUUACGAGUUUACGAUCAAUUGCCUAAGGCUGUAUGAGGACCUUGUCGAGGAAGCUAUCAGGAGUAGUGUAGUCAACAUGGGUGGUAGCAGGAGUUUGACUGUGGCCUCUUUGGCCUCUUCGUCGAUUACUCGCUCUGGCGUGAGCGCCGCGGUACAAAGAGAUAUUCUAUCAGCUUGGACCAGAGUUGUCGUAGAUGUGUUUGAGAGCUAUUAUGCCUGGAAGUACGUCAAUGAGGAGCAAAAGCUAGAGAUUGGUGUGUUUCCUGGUUUCCUUGAUAAUACAGGCCGUAGUUAAUUUGGUGUCUACUAGGACAACGCAUCUCGAGGAUAUUCACCAAAAUCCUCUCAAUGGUCUAUGGGGUUGAUGAGUCCUCGGAUUUGAGCUCGAAGAUCACCGGUAUUUUGGCUCCUAGUGCUGAACAUAUCAUCACAAUAUUUUUAUCAGAAGGUGAUAAUGAACUUCCCAUGGAGCCCAUCAUCCGGACGAUACGUGUUGGGCUCGAGACGCCGGAAUCAAGCUUUCAUCUGAGAUCUUUGAGUUUUUGGGUUGAGCAUGUAGUUUCGGUAAUCAAAUUUGCGGAGCUUUGUGUUCGAACGCGGGGGUAUUUGGGGUACGCAUUCUUCCAACCCCGGAGUCCGGGUAUUUAAUCUGCUAAUUUGCGAUCUAGGUUACCGCCUUCGCAGCUAGAGAAACAGUUGUACAAUCUCGCUGCACCUUUAGCUAAAUUAUAUGUGAUCCACGACAGAUACCGAGCGCCUGUUUUAGGGAUCUUUGAGAGUCUUGUUGCAGCAUCUGGAACAGCUCAGUCCGAGCCGCCCUCAUUACUAGGACAUCUUGGUGCCGAUUGUGCCAGCCAUUUCACUGCUGUUCUUGGGACUCUGGACAAACCUUUUGAUAAUGAGCAUCUGGAAGCACGCAUAUGGGGAUUUGUGUCCGCAGUUUUGAGCACUAAACAGCAGGGCUUGUCCAUAUUACUCCUUCGUGGUGAGACGUUAUGGCAAGGCGGUCUGAAUGGGCGUGACAAGGGAUCGAAAAAGUCGAUAAUCUCAGUCGCAUUGGACUCACUGUCGGAGAUCGACAGGACAUCUUCCACAAAGUCACUGGCAAUGCUGGAAGCCGUGGCUCUAGCUCAGAAUUUCUGGAGUCUUGCUAUGGAUGAUUUGGGAAAACACCCCAAGUUCCUUCCUGCAAUUACCAGAUUUGUGGAAGCACAGACAAUUGAGUUCCUACCUGCUGACUCUAAGGAAAUAUUGACGGAAAAAGCGAUUAGGGUAGCGGUGGCAGCUCACAUUGCACAACUUCUGGCUAUUCACUUACAUUCCCGCAGACCCUCUUCACGUGAUGGGACGUUCUUUAGACAGCUUAUUCCUAAGUUAAAAUACUACUUUGACCAGGCUGCUACUAUCAGUGGAUAUAGAGCCUCAUUACACGUAAAUCUGCGCAAGAAUUUCGAGGAGAAGUGGCCCGGCUUGACACUGCUGAAGCUGAGAAAGACCACUCUUCAGCGAAAGAGCUACGGUGUCGACUACUUCUACGACUUGAGCCUCGCCGGAAAGGUCCUUUCGUUUGAUCCCUGCUGGGACAGCAGAGCAGACGGGUACGCCAACGAGGUAGAGCAGGCGAAUCUAAACCUUUCGCUCGUUGAUUCUCAAGUGGUAAGGGCCACCACCAGCACAAGAAUAGCAAAGCAGGACGUGCUCUCACAAGUCCUGGAUACUAACGAGGUUCAGGUCCUCCUCCGCGCGUGGAAACUCCUCUCAAUGGAGCUCUGCGACUUUGUCCCUCUUAACAGAGAACUCGAGCAGCCGUUGGUCGACGUAGUAGAGAAGUGCCUGCAAGCAAACAUAGAAACCGGCCUACCCCCGCCAAUAUUCAAGACGAUAGUCUGCGAGCGCGCAGAAUUCGCAUUCGUUAUUCUCCGCCGCUUACAGCAGGCCAUGCAAGGUGCCAAUGGACAAUUCGAUAGGAUUUUGGAAUUGGCCUGGAAAGCUAUAUACACCUCUGCCACCGAAUUCCGGCAGGCACUAGCCACCGCAGACGUGGAGUACUACAGGUCCUUGCUGAGGAUAAUCUACCUGGUCCUGCACGCGAAUGCUAGCAAGCCGAACCAGACCACGGAAAGCGCAUACAUGGUCCUGGACAUCCUAAACCUGGUCGUAGCAAAGGGCUUUAAAGAGCUGGCCAGCGCAGCACACGCCCACUCGGAAACUGCGAACCCGGAGGACAUAGCACUGGUAACGGCGAUUCUGCAAGCCUCCCUAAAACUGCCCGGGAUCUCAAUAAUCCACGACAGCCUCGCAACACACAUGGCGGAGAACGGGACGAUCCGCGCAGCGACAACCCUCUAUUCCUGGUCCGAGCGCCUCGCCACGGAAAACAAGGCAACAGCGGCACACGCGGCGAGCGCGAACGAUCCAAUAUACGGUGAACUCAGCCUCCUCUUCCUCCUAGAACUCUCCACAAUACCCGCACUAGCGAACCAACUCGCAACGGAGGGAAUCCUAGACCAAAUCCUGACCUCCUCCCUCACCGCACACAUCGCCCGCCAGAGCGUGAACCCGGCCACUUCACCGCGCCUCUACGCCAUCUGGACGCGCGCGCUACUCCCACUCUCCCUGAACCUGCUCGUGCACAUCGGGUCGCGGAUCGCACGGGAAGUGCACGCAUUCCUCUCCUUCUUCGCCCCUCAAUUGCGCGCCACGAUCACGGCCUGGAAGGCCCGUACCGUCGUCACGCUCGCGGCCGUUAACGAGGCGGUCAGCAUCGUUAUGGUGCUCGCUGUGCUCGGUCGGAUGAUGGGGUUGGCGGGUGGCGGGGCCUGCCUUGACGGUUUUGACAAAGCGGCGUUGGUGGAGGAAGUUGAGUACUUGCUUUCCCAUAGGAACUAUUUGAAGAGUUUGGUGGCUGCAACGAAUAAGGAGGAGGAAGAGAUGUUGAGGAGGGAGGAGGAGGCGGAUGCGAGUGGGAAUGGGAACGGGAAUGGGAAUGGGGGAGGAGGAAGUGUGGAGGGAGGUUUGGUGGCGAAGGUUACGGCCGGCUUGGGGGUUUUGCAGGGGUUGUUGACUGAGGAUGAGGGGGAGGAUUGA